GUUGGACUGGGUUUAGUAAACUUCAGUGGAGAAGAGAAGAAAGUCAGAAACUAUGAAGGAUGGAAAACGGGGGAAGCUUGUGAUAAGAACAGAGUCUGCCAUUAAUCCUACAUAAAUAGCAGGCAAAACAAAGCUAACCCCAACUCAAAUCUUCAACCCAAUACUAGAAAUCUUGAUUCUGCUUUUGUCCUUUGAUCUUCAUAUAAGGGCUUUUCUGCUUAGGCAUUAAAGAAACUGAAUUCCUGUUGAGUUAAUUGGAGACGAAGAAGAAGAUGAGCGUAGAAGUGUUUGACGCUACAACCAUUCUGAACUUCAUUGAAGAUGAAGAAGCUUUCAAGAAUUCUGUUCGUGACCGCUUUGAUCAUCUGGAUACAAAUCAUGAUGGUAUUCUGUCCUAUGCAGAGAUGGAGAAGGAGUUGCAGAGCCUGAGGAUCUUCGAGACCCACUUUGGGGUCGAUCUGAAGAUGGACCCAGAUGAACUCGCAGUAGUCUAUCGGUCUCUGUUCUUGCAGUUCGAUCAUGAUUCUAAUGGGACAGUGGAUUUGGAGGAGUUUAUGGAGGAGACUAAGGGGAUGAUGCUCGCCGUGGUUAAUGGUUUGGGGUUCUUGCCCAUUCAAAUGGUCCUCGAACAGGAUAGCUUCCUCAAGAAGGCUGUUGAUUGGGAGUUCGCAAAAAUUGCAGCUUUUGCUUAAAAAUUGAAAUUUUAGGGACUCAUCUCUUCUUAUUUUGCUAAAGCUUUUCCUUCUUCUAUAUUUGUCCUGAUCAAUUCAUUUCAUGUUCGGUGUUCCCUUCUUAAAUUCUUAACUUUUAGAGGCAAUGUGGACUACGAAUUCUAGUGUAGUAAUGGAUGUAAAAGUUCAUGAUUUUAUAUUUCAAUAAAUUUCUUGCUGUUUUCUCUUUAA